AUGAUUAAUGAUUCUGUAAUCUCUAUCUUGCUUAAUGAACUAAACUUAUUUUCUCUAAUUUUAACUAAUGAUGAUUUUUGGUUGACACUAUUUUUCUAAAAACAAUCUAAAAGUAAAAAAAUAAUACAAUGUUUAAACUUAAUUUAUUUAGGAACAAGUGAUGGGUUUAAUGCAGAUUCAUUCUUGGAUAAAGUAAAUGGUAGGAUAAAUUUACUUAUGAUAUUAAAAUCAAAAUGUUAAAACAUUUUUGGUGGUUAUACUUCUUGUAAAUAAAUAAAAAAUAAUUGCGGAUAUAUAUAAAAGAUGACACAUUAGUAUCAUUUAUGUUUUCAUAAAAAAAAAAUUAAAUUUACCAUCUAAAACAUAAAGUUAAUAAUAUGCUUUGUGGCCCUAAACAAUUUAUGGGCAGGUAUUUGGUACUAAAAAUGGAAAUGA